CAAGCCUUCCUGUAGGGCGGGACGUCCUGUCCAAAACCUGAGCCUCAAUUAAAUCCCCUAUAAAGGGUUCUCGGGCCACUGACCUGGUACUCCACACGCCACUUUACAACCACUCGUCUCGUCCUCCCUGGGCACAAGCUUGACGUCAAAGAUGCCCCAGUUACUGAGAAACAUUAACGGGAUCAUCGAGGCCUUUGGGCGCUAUGCCAGGAUGGAGGGCAACUGCCAAGUGCUCUCCCGAGGGGAGCUGAAAAGACUCCUGGAGCAUGAGUUUGCAGAUGUCAUCGUGAAACCCCACGACCCUGCCACUGUGGAUGAAGUCUUUCGCCUGCUGGAUGAAGAUGACACAGGCACUAUAGAAUUCCAGGAAUUCCUGGUCUUGAUGUUUAAAGUUGCACAGGCCUGUUUCAAGACACUGAGCAAGAGUCCCCAGGGAGCUUGUGGGUCUCAAGAGUUUGGAAGCCAGCACUCCGGGGCCUCACAAGAGCUUGGAGAAGGCCAAGCAAGUGCCACUGAAGCAAGGAGGGUUGGGACAGGGCUGCAGCAAGAGGGGAGCAGCCAGGGACAAAGCAAGCAGACUUCCAGAGGGCAGGACAGGGCCAGGACUCAGAUCCAGAGUCAGGACAACAGCUCAACACAUGACAGGCAGACUGAGGCCCAGAGACAGGAAAGAACAAGUCAGCAGACACAGGCCAGCGGGCAUGAGGGACAGACCCAGAGCAUGGAGGACAAGAAUCGGCAGACCAGAGAGAGUAGAUCAGAGAGUCAAUCACAGACCACACAGCAGGACAGAGCCCCCCAGACAGGUGAGACCAAGACAGGAACUGCAACUCACACCCAAGCAGGUGCCACUCAGACCGUGGAGCAAGACAGGAGCCAUCAGACCAAAAGCACCAGCAAACAGCCGCAAGAGUCCCCCCAUGGUCAGACCAGGGAGCCUGAGACGCAUGGUCAAGACAGCAGCCAGACCAGCCAGGUUGUGACAGGACAACACAUCCAGACACAGUCACGGUCAUACACCAAGACUGUGCAGCAGGGAAGAAGCCAUCAGACAGGAAGUACCAGUGUCCAGACACAGGAGUCCCCUGAUAGCCAAACCAAAGGACCUAAGACGCACAGACAAGACAGCAGCCAGACCAGCCAGGUUGUGACAGGAGGACACGUCCAGACACAGACAGGGUCAUACACCAAGACUGUGCAGCAGGGCAGAAGCCAUCAGACAGGAAGUACCAGUGUCCAGACACAGGAGUUCUCUGAUGGCCAGACCAAAGGACCUAAGACGCACAGUCAAGACAGCAGCCAGACCAGCCAGGUUGUGCCAGGAGGACAUGCUCAAGCUCAGACAGGGUCACAGACCCAGACGAUGCAGCAGGGCAUAAACCAUCAGACAGGAAGUACCAGCAUCCAGACACAGGGGUCCUCUGAUGGUCAGACCAGGAGGCCUGAGACCCACAGUCAAGACAGCAGCCAGACCAGCCAGGCUGUGACAGGAGGACAUGUUCAGACAGAAGCAGGAUCGCACUCCCAGACUGUGGAGCAAGGCAUAAGCCAGAGUGAGAGCCAUACAGGGGCUGGAGCACAGGGGCAGACCCAGACACAGUCUGGCACUGGUCAAAGGUGGACACACGUAAGCAACUUCGAGGCAAGAGAGUCAGCACCGGGAGGACAGGCCCAGACUAGGGCGAGUGUUGUGACAGGACGACAGGAAGGGAGCAGUACGCACUCCAGCAGCAGUGUGACAGGAGGGCAGGGAGAGAGACAGCCCCCAGUAGUCACCAGUGAGUGGGUUGAUGACAUCACACGGGAGCUAGUGAUUGAAAGGCAGGACUAAAACAGCAGGCACACCAGCACUCCCUCUGCACAGGGCCAGGAUGCAGCCAAGCCAGAAAGGAAGCAAGGCUUCUCCGCUAAGGGGCUGUAUUCCUACUUCAAAGGUAGCAAACCAUGACUCAUCCAGACUACAGUGACUGGACCGCAAGACAGCUGGAGAGGGACUGGCUUGUCCGCCCGGCCAGUCUAGUUGACACGUCCCUAGAUUCAGCUCCUAAUCAUAGAGCUUCCCCCUUAGGUCUUCCUCAAUGAGGUCAUUUCUGCAAGGUGCUUUCUGUCCCAAACUCCCGUCUCCUAUCUGCUUUGCCACACAGAUGCUCCUAGGAGCAGGAAGAUAGGGAACAAGUAUUUCCUUCAUGCUGAAUUCUCUUCAGCUUAUAAAGAUUCUUAGGGACACUUUUCUCUCUGCCAUUUUUCUGCUGCCCCAUCCAUCCUGAUAAAUCAAUAAAAAUCUUCAGAAGCCACUGAC